UUUGAAGCAGAUUUUAAAACAAUACAAGUGAUUUAUAAUCCGAUUGGAAAUAGAUCUAAAUACAGCUGCUAAGAUUAUUACUACAAGAAAAUAGUUAUGUCCAAAAAUUGAAAUUGAUAUGCUGAUUGCGAAAAGUUAUAUUUAUAAGCCAUGACUUUAGAUAAUUUAAGAGAACCAGUUAAAGUUUAUGAUAAUUAUAGAGACAUAUUAAGGGAUUCACCUGAUUCUUUAAAAAGAGAAGAGUUUAAUUUUUAAACAAAGUAUUAUUAAUAUUAAAAAAGAAUCUUUGAUGAUAUCAUGUAAGAUGAUGAAUGCAGACAAUAUGUUUUAGCUUUUGAUGGAUAAGGAUCAUAUGGAGUAAUUUAAUAUAUAAUUAAAAGGUGUUUUAUGCAUAUUUAAAAUUGAAAGAUUAAGAAUUCAGAAAUAUUAUUUGGUUAGCUGAAAUGAUUUCAAGAAAAUUAGCUAAAAACCAUCCUGGAUGGAAAAAAUAAUAAUUCCAUUUAAUCAUUUAGGAUAAAGAGGAUUAAAAUAUAUUAUCUAUAUUUAUUAUAUAUUAUGGGUUAUUUGAUACAAAAAUAGACAUUUAGUAUUUUUGA